AAUUACUGAAUCUGGCUCGCUCUCUCCUCCGGUCUCCCCUCCCUAAAACCCUUCAACAAAAGCAAACCCUCUAAACCCUUCUCGGCCCGCCUCUGAUUCUUCUAGGGUUUGCUCGUUUUUUCUCCAUUUCUUUCUUUUUCUUUCUUUCUUUCUUCCAUGGCUUCAGCUGCUCUAAGAAAUCCUAAUUCAAGGCGCCUUAUCGGCUUAUCUUCACCUCUAUACUAUUGCUGUCGAGGAGCAACUUCGAAUCGUUUCACCGUAUCUGAAUCAUUGUUUGGAAAUGAGAGAAUCUCGGAUGCGGGGCCAUGGUGGAGAUCGAUGGCCACAUUCACCCGAACAAAACCCCAUGUAAAUGUUGGGACAAUUGGACAUGUUGAUCAUGGGAAAACUACACUUACCGCUGCAAUUACCAAGGUGCUAGCAGAAGAAGGUAAAGCUAAAGCAAUUGCAUUUGAUGAGAUUGACAAGGCUCCCGAGGAGAAAAAGAGAGGGAUUACCAUUGCAACGGCCCAUGUGGAAUAUGAAACUGCUAAGCGGCAUUAUGCACAUGUGGAUUGUCCUGGACAUGCAGACUAUGUUAAAAACAUGAUUACUGGAGCUGCCCAAAUGGAUGGAGGCAUUCUAGUGGUUUCGGCCCCAGAUGGGCCCAUGCCACAGACAAAGGAACACAUUCUGCUUGCACGCCAAGUUGGUGUGCCAUCACUUGUGUGCUUUCUAAAUAAGGUUGAUGCAGUUGAUGAUCCAGAAUUACUUGAACUUGUGGAAAUGGAACUUCGUGAGCUUCUUAAUUUCUACAAGUUCCCUGGUGAUGAGAUUCCAAUUAUCCGAGGUUCAGCUCUGAAUGCCUUAAAUGGGACAAAUGAGGAAAUAGGCAAGAAAGCCAUACUAAAAUUAAUGGAUGCUGUGGAUGAGUACAUACCUGAACCUGUUCGCCAACUUGACAAACCUUUCUUGAUGCCAAUUGAAGAUGUUUUCUCAAUUCAGGGACGUGGAACUGUUGUCACGGGCCGUGUUGAGCAAGGGACUAUUAAAGUUGGAGAGGAUGUUGAGAUUUUAGGAUUGAUGCAGGGUGGACCUCUGAAGACUACAGUGACAGGUGUAGAAAUGUUCAAGAAGAUUUUGGAUCAUGGACAAGCUGGAGACAAUGUGGGCCUUCUCCUGCGUGGUUUAAAACGUGAAGAUGUGCAAAGAGGACAGGUGGUUGCUAAACCUGGUACUCUGAAAACAUACAAGAGGUUUGAGGCAGAGAUAUAUGUCCUAACAAAGGAUGAAGGUGGCCGUCAUACUGCCUUUUUUUCAAAUUAUAGGCCUCAGUUUUACUUGAGAACUGCAGAUGUGACCGGAAAAGUUGAAUUACCUGAAAGUGUUAAGAUGGUGAUGCCUGGUGACAAUGUAACUGCAGUUUUUGAGCUGAUAUCACCUGUUCCACUUGAAGCAGGACAAAGAUUUGCUCUGAGAGAGGGAGGUAGAACAGUUGGUGCUGGUGUAGUUUCAAAAGUAAUCAGUUGAGGUGUUUUUAAAAGGUGCACGGUAUCUCUUUUUUUUUCUUUUUUUCCCCCUUACAAUUUGCAAACGAUAUGCAGAGACUGGAAAACCACUUCUUCCAGUAACAUGCCAUGUGGUAAUAUUGUUCAUGUAGUCCACAUUUUAUUGAUGUUUGCUUUGAGCAUUUUUAGAGAAGCCAAUCAAGUUGCUCUGAAUUUUUUGGGUUUAUAUUAAGAGGACUCAUUUUCUGCAAUUUUUUAGGAGUGGACUUUUCAUCAUAGUUAUUCAGCAAAACCUUUACCUGUACUCUGAAUAAUGUUCAAUAUCAAUGAUAUCUAGAACUGGUUAACUGCA